AUGUACGAAAGUACUAUAAAAUCCACUUUAUUUCCGGUCCAUCGGGGCUUUGGCCGCUCGACUGUAACCGGUGCUGUCGAACUGAUCUCAUAUACCCUCGAUCAGUUUGGAUUCCGUAGCCAAGUAGAUGUUACUUUCAUUGACAUUGCAAAAGCGUUUGCACUACCGUUAAGCAAUAACCAUGAAGUUUUAGUACAAUACUCUCGACCAACUUGGAAUAGGCGAACCGUUACUAUUAUGGUCAUACUUAACCGAUGGAUGUCAGUUUGUGUCUCUUUUUGGUCACAAUUUAGAGAAAAUUCUGGUUUCUUCGGAUGUUCCCCGAGAACGUCAUCUAUCGCAGUUAUUAUCUAUUCAAUACUUUAA